CUCUGUCUGUAAUUCUAGUCGAUAUGUCUGGUCGUGGUAAGGGCGGCAAGGGUCUCGGAAAAGGAGGCGCUAAGCGCCAUAGGAAGGUGUUGAGGGACAACAUCCAGGGCAUUACAAAACCCGCUAUUCGCCGUUUAGCUCGUCGUGGGGGCGUGAAGCGCAUUUCGGGUCUCAUUUACGAGGAGACUCGAGGGGUGCUGAAGGUGUUUUUGGAGAAUGUGAUCAGAGAUGCCGUUACUUACACCGAGCAUGCGAAGCGGAAGACUGUGACUGCCAUGGAUGUUGUUUAUGCGUUGAAGCGCCAGGGUCGUACACUGUACGGAUUUGGAGGCUAACCUGUGCCAGUAAUUGUCUCAGAAAACACCUAUAACCCAAAGGCUCUUUUCAG